AUGCCAUGGGUUAAAAUCAUUUUGGCAUUAAUUGCCAUCAGCAUCGGAAUAUGCGACAGUUUUCCAAAUUACAAAUAUGAGGAUAUCGAUGAGGAUCUCGCCUCUUUUGAUUAUUACCGAGCCAUGGUUGAAAUGGAUGAAAGGAAUUCUACAGACUGUGAAGAGUGUGUCCCAGAGCUUUGUCCGCAGACAGCUGGCUGUCGAGCGGGUGUCGUUUUGGAUAGCUGUAAAUGCUGCUUGGAAUGUGGGAACCUGGAAGGACAAACGUGUGAUCUGGAUGACAAAAAUGUGUACUAUGGUUUGUGUGGUUCUGACCUCGAGUGCAAGCUCGACUCGGCAGAGUCCGUAGAUGGUGAGACACCGGAGCCGCAGUGUGUGUGCGUGUCGCAAGAGCCCUUGUGUGGUUCGGACGGGAAGACUUACAUGAAUAUUUGCAAAUAUAAGGAAGCUCAGUUUUCUGACCCAACACUCAACGUAACCACUGGUCCUUGCAAAACAGUCCCCAUCAUCAAGGUCCCCCCCCACGACCACGUGAACGUCACGGGAAGCAGCAUGGCGCUCCUGUGUGAGGUCUUUGCCUAUCCCAUGGCCCUGGUGGAGUGGAGAAAAGAUGGCCGCGACGUCGUCCUUCCUGGAGACGACCCACACAUCUCCGUCCAGUCUCGUGGAGGCCCACAGAAGUACGAGCUGUCCAGCUGGCUACAGAUCGAGGAUGCCACUCAGAUGGACUCGGGCACCUACCGAUGUGUGGCCCGCAACGAGCUAGGCAACGCCUCAGCCGCCGCUAUUUUAGGAGUCCUGCCUCCAGAUGAGAUGUCCACUUACGUGGACAAUAUGAAGGAGAUGAUGGGAUUUGGGCUGUCAAAAGACUACGAUGAAGACUAUUACUGAAGCACAGCGACAUUCAGACAUGAAGAAUCAACAACCAGUUUUCAAAUGCAGGACAGGUUCCUCAGUGGAGCAGUGGGACUUGCAGUGCAGUCACCAACACUACGGUACAGACAGUGAUGCUUCCUCGGAAAGACCAUCUGAUCAAAACACUGAGGUUACUCAGCAUACACUAAUCAUACUAAGCAUACCAUCUGGAAUAUGUUUUUUUUUUACUCUUUUAUUUUCAUUUUUCUUUCUGUUUUGUAUUUGUGUAACUAUGAAGAAUGGCCCACGGCGGGAAGGAAAGCGUUCUGUGGAAUGCCACGGCGGCCAUUGUCCUACGAGGACAGUGACACAAACGUUUCAUGAUGCCGCUGGUGGUGGCAGGGGAUUUCACACACACACACACACACACACACACACACACACACACACACACACACACUCACUCACACACACACGCACUGUGCAACGCCCGGCGUAUGUGUGCGCUGGGGCAGCUGUGUCUCGACACCCACAACGAUGAAUGCCUCCAUUGUUUCAUGGACUGCCCCAUUGCGUCCCCGUUUCUGACUGACCAUAAAACACGGAUUUCUUCUGAAGGAUGAACUUCUGUAGUACAUUCCAGCUGAUC